UUUAUUUUUGAAGUUUGUGAAUUUGUUAACUGAGCAAUCGCUUUCUCUUUCUUUAAUAGAGAACAACUACACUGUAAUCCCACUCUAGUAGAGUUUUCAGCUGAGAAAGAGAAAGAAAGAGAGAAUUGUUUUUCAUUUAUUCCUCAGCGAUUCAAAACUACAGCCUGUAUGUUACCUGUCCAUCUACUACGCUAUUUUACAGCUGAAAGCUGAUUCUUGAAAUUCGCGUAAAAGAUAGGAGGAGGCCAACAACAGCUAUUUAUAUUCUCUGCAAACGCCGCUCGUGGCCAUUAAAGAUAGACGGCUAUAAUUGUGAGAUUUGGUGAAUUGUGAUUGGUGAACCUUUCCUUAAUCCGCCAUUUUCUCAUUUAUGUGCAUUGGUUUUAACCUUCAGAGCAAACUUUACUUGGGUUCUAUACAAAGAACUUUGAAGGAGAAAAGACUUGUUUUUGAGUUUGUUACUUAUAUUAUAUGAUUUAGUAGUUGACUAUUUUGAAGGGUGACAUAAUAGCCAUAAUCAUCGGCAGGACGGUGAAACUUGUUGGGAAUUUUCUGUUGCCUUGGGAGGAACUUAAGGUACAAAAGCGAAGUCCUUUGAUUGAUUCCUUUUAUGCAAUUAUUCAGUGAGGAAACUUCUUGUUUGACAAAACUAGCUGUUCCUGUGGUUUAUUGUGUGUGGUUGGCACUCUGUAUGAAGACAUGGUGUGUUAAUUUUAUAAUACACUUUAUUAGUGGAAUUUGGCGUAGUUAGGAUUGAUUGUGGUUUAUUUAAUUGUUUAUAGAGAGUGAAACUCGGUCCUAAAACUCGGGGAUUGGCGUGGGGUAUUUAAAGAGUUAUGGGUGCUUGUUUCUCUGAGAAUUUUGUAUAUGUGGUGAGAGGGUAACUGAGGAUUUUGAUGUGGAGUUGUGAUAAUGAAAACAAUGCAAGUAGAAGAAGUUUUCUUUGAUUCUGCUGAUGCUUUGGUGUCGGAGGAAUUGGGUUUUGUGAAAAAGAAUUUGGGGUAUGAUCUAUGGUUGAUGGAGCCAGAUAGUGUGAAGAGUCGACGAGAGAACUUUUUGAAUGAAAUGGGAUUUGUUGGAUUUGACUGCUUACCUAGUGCAGCCAGUGAUGAAUUUGACUCAAUGGGAUUGAAUAGGAUUGCGGAAAGUAGUGAAGCAGUUUGUAGUUCUGCUUUGGAGGAAGAAUUUAUGUGUAAUGAGAGGGAAUCCAGUGGUAAUGCAAAUUCAUUGACCGACGAAUUAGAUCAGGGAUGGUUUGAUGAUCUAGUUGAAGUUUCAAGUGAUUGCACUUCCCGUUCUCCUGAUGGAGAAGAUACUUGUUUUGAUGCUACUUCUGACCACACACACGGUAAGGAUAGUAACUUGAAAAACCAGAAAAUGAAGAAGUGGUGGAAACAAUUUAGCCUAAAAAUGACGAAAAGUCAAUCUACUGAUGUAUCUAAGACUUCUAAUAAGAUGUUCACUGAAAAACAGAAGGUAACACCAAUGGAAGUGCAACUGAACAAGAAAAAAAUUAAUGAGUUCAGUGCUGUUUAUUGUGGACAAGAAAUCAGUGCUCACAGUGGCCUAAUUUGGACAAUGAAGUUCAGCCCUGAUGGAAAAUAUUUGGCUAGUGCUGGUGAAGACGGGGUUGUUCGGAUAUGGCUAGUCACAGUUGAUUCAUCAUGUAAAUCACCCAACAGUUUCAGCAGUCACCGCGUCAAAGGCAAGCAUGGACAUAAAAAGAAAAAGUCUUGUUAUACCCCUGUUAUUGUUCCUGAGAAGGCAUUCAAAAUUGAUGAGUCGCCGCUGCAUGAGUUUUAUGGCCAUACUGCUGGCAUAUUGGACCUUGCUUGGUCCUCGUCUAACUGUGUUCUAUCAUCAUCCAAAGAUAAAACCGUUCAUCUAUGGAAAGUUGGUUUGGAUGGAUGUCAAGGAGUUUUCCAUCACAAGAACUACGUGACAUGCAUCCAGUUCAAUCCAGUUAAUGAGAACAUCUUCAUCAGUGGCUCAAUAGAUGGAAAAGUUCGAAUUUGGGGAGUUCCAGAAAAGCGAGUUUUGGAAUGGGCCGAUGUGCAUGACAUUGUGACCGCCGUAGCUUAUCAGCCUAAUGGCAAGGGCUUUAUAGUUGGUUGUAUCUCUGGUACUUGCCGCUUCUAUGAAUUAAACGAAAGCGUACUUUCACUGAACAAACAAGUACAUCUUCAUAGUAGGAAGAAAUCUUCUGGCACCAGAAUCACUGGCAUUCAGUUUUUCAAAAAUGACUCCCGAAGAGUUAUGAUAACAUCAGAGGAUUCCAAAAUCCAUAUUCUUGAUGGGGUCGAGAUUGUGCAUAAAUAUAAAGGUCUAUCGAAAUCAGGAAGCCAUACAUCUGCUACAUUUAGCUCAACUGGAAAACACAUAGUAUCAGUCGGGGAGGACUCACGAGUUUAUCUCUGGGACAAUGCUGAUAUAAACAUCCAAGCAUCCAAACAAACAAGAUCCAUACGAUCCUGUGAGCAUUUCCUCUCGGAAGGCAUUUCUGUUGCAAUACCGUGGUCAGGGCAGGUAACAACAGCAGGGGAUUCAGAAAAUUUUGGCAGUUCCAACUUUGAUCCACUAAGGGGUGAACAUCAGGAGGCUUGUUCUAAGACUUGGGAUUCAAGACGAUUUUCUGUAGGAAAUUGGUUUUCUAUGGAUGUGUCUUUUAGGGGCUCUGUGACAUGGCCAGAAGAAAUGCUUCUUCCACAUGAUACACCGUGCACUGAAAAUGAUGAACACCUUUGUACUUCUAAUGAUGAUCAUCUUUAUCAGCAACAUCAACAUAACAAGAACCUUAACUACAGAGCGUUAUACCCAGCAUGGGGCCUUGUCAUUGUGACAGCUGGUUGGGAUGGAAAGAUUCGGACAUUCCACAACUAUGGAUUGCCUGUCCGGGUUUAAGAGUGAUUUUGUUGUCACAAAUUCAAGCAUUUUUCCAUAACUCGGACAUACUUGAAUGGAUGGAAUUGCCCCUUCAUCUUCCAAAAAUGUUGCCACACCUGUGUCAGAUCUUUGAGAAAUGUAAAGUAUUUGGAGGAUCCAACACGGGUGUGGCUGCACUUUUGGAUUAUCCGGGGAGCAUAGCUUACGAGAGCUCAUCUGCAGAUAGAAACUGUGAUGGAAAUGAUUUCGAUGAAUCUUUACAAGAGUAAUAUUUGUUUCCUUGUGAAGUUGUAUAGUUAAUUGUUUCUUUUUUCUGUAGUAUCCUCACAGAAGUAAAGGUCAAGAUUCUAGACCUUCACUCUUCCUUCUCAUCUGUUCAAGCUAGAACAUGGUACUCAGAUUAAAUUUUUUGACUGAACAUAUUGUAAUUUGUAUUCAACAGUGUAAAGAUAGAAUUUUGUUUACUGAAGAUGAUUCAAAAAGGACUUCA